AUGGGUUUCUGGUGUACGCCGUGCAGCAUCCUGUACGGUGCCCACUUGUCGCAACUGGUGGCAUUUGUGGCACCUGUCGGUAGGUUGGCGCCGGAGCGCGCCCCACAGAGGCACGGUGCGUUUGCUUCACUCCGGAGGUGCGGUUUGUGCGUCCACGCUAAACGACCGACGCUCCUUCGCGGCUGCAUAGAGGAUGUGCCCUCACAGAUCCGACGGAAAAAGCCACUAGAAUCCGAGAAGCGCUAUCGUUUGGAUUUGGGUCCAGACGCUCACGAGGCGAAACCUGUACCUGUCCAAAGUAUGAGCUUUUGGAACUUGCCCAAUGCACUGACGCUUGCCCGCCUUAUUUUGUUACCGCCCAUAGUCGUGUUCUUCUACAUCUCUCAGCGCUGGGCUGCGCUUGUGUGCACGACGCUUUUCGGCAUGGUUUCCCUCACAGACUGGCUCGAUGGGUACAUCGCUCGUCGCCUUAACGUAUCGAGCGUAUGGGGCGCGUUCCUGGAUCCUGUUGCCGAUAAACUCAGCGUCGCAACGAUGCUUAUCUUACUUGUCGAGCGUUACGCGCGGUUCUGGGUCACACUGCCGGCCGUCGUUAUUCUUGUGCGAGAGAUAGCGAUCACAGCGUUACGCGAGUGGAUGGCCUCUCGAGGUCUACGGGAUGUUGUCGCCGUGAAUCAGCACGGGAAACUGAAAACGGUGUUCCAGAUGGGCAGUAUUAUGUUGCUGCUGCUGGCGCAACCCAGCAUCGGACUUCCGCCACCCGUACUGUAUCUCGGUGUGAGCUUUCUGCAUGCUGCUGCGGUUCUGUCGCUCGUAUCCGGGUAUAGAUAUUUUCGGGCGGCAUUGGAGGCACACGCUACCUAUUACUGA